UGGCGCCAGCAGCUUUUGGCUCAAAAGACUCUGGACGAGUCAGAGUCGACAUGUCAGAGUCGAGCGAUGACAUGGCCAACUGGAAGGGGAAGUGGUCGUCCUGGUGUAUACCCAUGAAGGACUUCCGGCUAGAGUUCCUUUGUGGCUUGACAGUGGCCUUAGCGCUGGUGCCGGAGGCGGUGGCCUUCGCCCUGGCCGCGGGCUUGCCACCCGACGUGGGGCUCAACAGCGCAUGGAUCAUCUCGGUGAUCACCGCGCUCUUCGGAGGCCGCCCUGCCAUGAUUUGCGGCGCCACGGGAAGCUUGGCCGUGCUGGUGCCGGGCACCGUCCAGAUGCCGCACGGCAAGGUCUUGCUCUUCUAUGCGGUGAUCGUCAUGGGUAUCAUCGAGAUCCUUUUGGGACUCCUCAGCGUGGGCACUUUGGUGAAGCUGAUCCCGGUGCCGGUGAUGAUUGGUUUUUGCAACGGCUUGGCGCUGGUCAUUGGCUUAGCGCAGAUUAGCAACUUUAAGGACCCCGCUUGCUUUGGGGGCAAAUGCGGCGAACAUGCCGCCGACGCGAGCGCCGCGAGCGCAACGAGCGCAGCUGCACGGCGCUUGGACGCGUUCCACGCUUUUACGGAUCCGACUCCCUUCAUCCAUGGAGAGGAGGCCAUUUUCGCCGCAAUCAUCACUGUCCUGUCCUUUUGCGUGUCCUUGUGGCUUCCGAAGCUUUCGACACGAGUGCCCUCGGCGCUGGUGGCCAUCAUUGUGGGGAUCAUUUUCGAAUGGGCCAUCGUGAGGCCAGCCUUUGGCUCGCAGACGCCCAUCGUCCAGGAUAUCGCCCCGAACUGCGAGCUUCCAAGACUCUUUUGGUUCAACGACUUGUAUGCGGAUGCGCCGCCCUUCACGUGGAAGCUCUUCGUGCAGGUGCUGCCGUUAAGCGUCACCAUGGCUGCCGUGGGCCUACUGGAGUCCUUGAUGACCUUGAAUUUGGUCGAUGAGAUUACCAAGACCAAAGGCAAUCCCACUCGGGAGUGCCUGGGCCAAGGCUUGGCGAAUGUGCUCUGCGGUGUGUUGGGCGGCAUGGGCGGCUGUGCCAUGAUCGGACAGUCGAUGAUCAACAUUGGUUCAGGCGCCCGCACGCGCGCCUCCUCCUUCAUCGCAGGAUUGUUUUUGCUGAUCAUCGUGCUAGUGGCCUAUGAUGGGAUCAAGAAGAUUCCAGUCUCGGCUUUGGUUGGAGUGAUGUUCAAUGUGUGUUUCCACACCUUUGAGUGGAGCUCCUUGAAACUCAUGAUCUUGGCGGCGUGUCCCUUGCGUGUGCGACGGAAAUUCUUGAGCUCCAAGACUGCUGCGCAGCAGAUCCGCCGUAUGGACGCGCUGGUCAUCUUAGUCGUGACCUUGGUCACUCUCUUCACCGACCUCGCCACAGCUGUAGCUGUUGGCAUGGUCGUCAGUCUCUUCACCUUUGCACUGGAGACCUCCAACGCAGUGCAGGUCGUGCCGAGGGAACCCACGGACGGCGUCCAAGUCUAUGAUGUGCAUGGCACGCUCUUCUUCGGUAGCACCACGCACUUUUUGGACCUCUUUCCGGAACAGGUCGUGGCCAAGGACCCUGAUGAUGUUCGCUUGGUCUUUGAGACUGGGCACGUCGCAGACUACUCCGCUGUACAGGCGUUGAACAAGCUCGGGGAGCGCUAUGGGGCGCAGGGAAAGCGUUUGACGCUGCAAGAGCUAAUGCCAAAGACGCAUCGAGUCCUCUCCAGGUGCGCACGGCUUGGCGGUGGGGAGAUCACCUUGUCGCUGGAUGAGCAGAUGAACUUGCCCAAUAUGGACUCCGAGCUCCCGAACCACCUCCACAUUGAGCGCGUCCCCUCGGUGGACUUCUCCUACGUGCGCGAGCGCUCGCGCGAGACCCACGACGACUCGGACUCAGCCUGAGGUCAAACCAAGUUUCUUUAAGGUCUUCGAAGGUCGUUUGCCGCUGCCUGCAGCUGCCUGCCGUAGAGAUCGAAGUGUACAGUUCCUCCAAGACACCAUGCAGGUAAGGAAUUUUCCACAUGGUGAUGCGUUUAUGGCAUGCCC